UUUUUGUCUUGUUAUAUUACAGAAUUAAAUAUUAGCUAAAAUUAUUGAUGACCAUGGGUCCUGAAGCUCUCCAGAAGAAACUUGAAGAAGAAUCUGAAGGCUUCAAGAAAUUGCAAAAAGAAAUCAGUAAGACGAGCAUACGGCGGUCACAGCUGGACUCGCAGCUAAAUGAGAACAACCUUGUUAAAGCUGAAGUUGAUUUACUGGAGGAGAGCGACGUGGUCUACAAGCUCAUUGGCCCGGCAUUGAUAAGGCAAGAUCUCGCUGAAGCAAAGUCCAGCGUCGACAAAAGGAUAGAGUACAUCACGAAUGAAAUAAAACGUCAUGAUUCGGCACUGGAAAAACUGGAGAAGGAGCAAAACACCAAGCGGGAAGGAAUCAUGAAGUUACAGCAGCAGCUACAGCAGCUGCUCACCAAAGCUGCCGCUAUGAGCUGAGCCUCCAAGAAACCAGCCAUGUCUUAUUUUCGUUGAAACUGAAUUAUAUUUAAGAUUAUUUGCCACUAAUUCUCCUAGUUUAAUAAUAACAAGCUAUUUAUGACCUGCUUAGUAAGCCUUUGUUACCAGUGUACGUGGAAGUUUAGAACUCCAAUCAAUAAGUUUCAAUUAUAAUUUGGGUUUCGCAACUCUUCUCAAGAUUCAAACUUUUCUUGUUGAGCUCAAGGAAGGUAAAGAAUUAGCUGAUCAAAAAUAAAUUUUAAUUACA